AUGGUGAAAAAGGCGGACGGGUCCUGGCGACCAUGCGGUGACUACCGCGCACUCAACGCUCAAACCAUCCCGGAUCGCUAUCCCUUACCGUACCUGCAGGACUUCUCUACCAUUCUAGAAGGUAAAACUAUUUUUUCAAAAGUUGACUUGCAGAAGGCGUUCCAUCAGGUGCGAAUCCAUCCCGAGGAUAUUGCUAAGACUGCCAUCACGACACCCUUCGGAUUGUUCGAGUUCUCGUUCAUGACCUUUGGACUGCGCAACGCUGCGCAAACAUUUCAACGUUUAAUCCACGAGGUUGUGCGAGGGUUGGAUUUCAUAUUCCCCUACAUUGACGAUCUAUUCAUCGCUUCAUCAUCACCCGAAGAGCAUCGUGAACACUUGCGUCGAUUGUUUGAAAGGCUCAAACAAUAUAAUCUGGCGAUAAAUAUUGCCAAGUGCGAAUUCGGCCGUGAUACUCUUGAUUUUCUUGGCCACUCUAAGCUUGACAAAGCCUCGGACCGUCAAGCUCGCCAGUUGGAUGUGAUUGGUCAGAUCACAACGGACAUCCGUCACAUUGUGGGAAAGGACAACAUCGUGGCUGACUUGCUCUCCCGCAUCAAUGCAGUAAAGUCAGUGCCAUCCCUGGAUUAUGAAGCCCUAGCAGAGAGCCAAAAAGACGACCACGAGCUUCAAAAUAUCGUAGAAGGCAGUACCAAACAACUAUUAUGUGACUGCACUGGUGAUCGCAUUCGGCCCUUUAUAACGGAACGGUUCCGGCAAGCUGCGCUCCAGGCAACGCAUAAUUUAUCUCAUCCUGGCACGCGUGCAACGGCCAAAUUAAUGACGGAGCGAUUUGUUUGGCCAAUCAUCCGCAAGGACAGUAUCGCUUUCGCUAGGAGCUGCCUGCAAUGCCAACGCUCGAAGAUGACACGCCACAUCCAAUCGCCUGUAUCCCGAUACUCGGCUCCGGAUAGUCGAUUCUCACAUAUCAACAUCGACAUCGUUGGGCCCUUCCCCCCGAGUAAAGGUAACCGUUACUGUCUAACGGUCAUCGACAGAUUCACGCGUUGGCCAGAAGCGUUACCCAUACCGGAUAUGACCGCGAUCACAAUUGCCGAAGCUCUGGUAUCUGGAUGGAUAUCUCGUUUUGGUGUUCCUUCCUUCAUAACUUCCGACCAAGGACGCCAAUUCGAGUCAUCGCUGUUCGCUGAACUGACUCGUUUGCUCGGAUCCAGCCACCUGCGCACGACUGCGUACCAUCCACAAUCGAAUGGAAUCAUCGAACGAUGGCAUAGAACCCUUAAGUCGUCGAUCCUUUGCCAUGAUACUGAACACUGGAGCGAGCACCUGCCGAUGAUCCUACUGGGACUGCGGUCGGCCUACAAGGAGGACAUAAAAGCGUCGGCGGCCGAGAUGGUAUAUGGUACAACGCUUCGAAUACCGUCUGAGUUUUUCGUUAGCAACCCGACCAACCCGAACGAAGCUGAAUUUGUCGCCAAACUUCGAAGGACUAUGCGUGAUCUUCGCCCCCAGCCGACUGCUUGGCAUGGAAAUCGGAACGUUUUCGUUCACCAGAACCUGCGGACGUGCAGAAAUGUUUUCGUGCGGAAUGAUUCGGUACGACCAUCUUUAUCACCUCCAUACGUAGGACCAUUCGAGGUGGUUAGCCGAGCCUCAACGCUUGCCGAGUUCACGCUGAAAAUCCGAGGCCGAACAGUCAACGUUUCGGUGGACCGUUUGAAACCUGCAUUCGCGCUAGAGGACCAGCAAAACAACCCGGUACCAGCUGACACAACUCCUGUCAUAAAAUCCCCGACUAGAGUCACUCGUUCUGGACGACGAGUGAUAAUUCCCGAGAGGUUUCACUAAAAGGUAAUCUAGUCUAGGAGGGGAGUACUGUGGCAGCCGUAUCCAUUUGUGCACCGUACUGUACCACACGAUA